CAUUUAUUUGCAGCAUAAGAAGAUGAAAAACAGCUGCUUAAAGUUUUUCAAGUGGUUGUCAUUUGGCAGGAACUACUAGCUACCAACACAGGCGCACGCUAAUCUACACAAGGAAGAGGCUUAUAAAAGAACCAACCUUGGGUGUGGUAGGUUGGCAAUUAAGGAGAGUGCUGCUGCAAUGGAGGAGCCACCACAAGUUGAGCUCAGAAACUUGGAGAUUCAGAAUGCAGGGGCAGUAGACACCAGUGAUGGAAAAACAGAUGAGGUGGACGACUGUCCGAUCGAGGAGGUCCGGCUCACCGUGCCGAUCACCGACGACCCGGCAUUGCCGGCACUGACGUUCAGGACAUGGUUCCUGGGGCUCAUCUCAUGCGCGCUCCUGGCAUUCUCCAACCAGUUCUUCGGCUACCGGCAGAACCCUCUCUACAUCUCCUCCCUGUCCGUGCAGAUCGUCGUCCUGCCGCUCGGCAGGCUGAUGGCCGCCUGCCUCCCUCCGGCCAUCAUCGGGGUCAAAGGCACACGGUGGUCCUUCUCGCUGAACCCCGGUCCGUUCAACCUCAAGGAGCACGUCCUUAUCACCAUCUUCGCCAACACCGGCUCCAACUCCGUCUACGCCGUCGGCAUCAUCACCAUCGUCAAGGCCUUCUACCACCGCGACAUCCACCCGCUCGCCGCCAUGCUGCUCACUCAGACCACCCAGCUGAUGGGAUAUGGAUGGGCUGGGCUCUUCAGGAAGUUCCUGGUGGAGUCCCCCUACAUGUGGUGGCCGGCAAACCUGGUGCAGGUGUCCCUCUUCAGGGCGCUGCAUGAGAAGGAGCAGAAGAGGCCCAAGGGAGGCACCACGAGGCUGCAGUUCUUCCUGACCGUGCUGGCCACCAGCUUCGCCUACUACAUCGUGCCCAACUACCUCUUCCCGACCAUCUCCACCAUCUCCGUGGCCUGCCUCAUAUGGCGCAACUCCAUCACGGCGCAGCAGAUCGGCUCCGGCGCGCACGGGCUCGGCGUCGGGUCCUUCGGGCUCGACUGGGCCACCGUGGCCGGGUUCCUCGGCACGCCGCUGUCGACGCCGGCAUUCGCCAUCGCCAACGUCAUGGCCGGCUUCUUCCUGGUCGUCUACGUCAUCCUGCCCGUGGCUUACUGGAGCAACGCCUACAACGCCAGGCGCUUCCCCAUCAUCUCCUCCCACGUGUUCAUGGCCAACGGUACCCGGUACGACGUGGCCCGGGUCCUCGACCCGGCGACAUUCCGGUUCAGCAGUGCCGGGUACGCCGAAGCCGGCCAGAUCAACCUCAGCGUCUUCUUCGCCUUCGCCUACGGCCUCAGCUUCGCCACGCUGGCCGCCACGCUGUCGCACGUCGCGCUGUUCCACGGGAGGUCGAUAUGGCAGCAGACCAAGGCCACGGUGGCGCGUGGGCACGCCGGUGGCGGCGACGUGCACGCCAGGCUGAUGAAGAGGAACUACGCCGCCGUGCCGCAGUGGUGGUUCCAGGUGUUGCUGGUGGUCGUGCUGGCGCUCUCCAUAUUCACCUGCGAGGGGUUCGGACAGCAGCUGCAGCUUCCUUACUGGGGAGUGAUGUUAGCCGCUGGCCUGGCUUUCUUCUUCACCCUCCCCAUCGGCAUCAUCACUGCCACCACCAAUCAACAACCGGGGCUGAACGUGAUGACGGAGCUGAUCAUCGGGUACCUGUACCCGGGGAGGCCGCUGGCGAACGUGGCAUUCAAGACGUACGGCUACAUCAGCAUGUCGCAGGCCAUCAUGUUCCUGCAGGACUUCAAGCUGGGCCACUACAUGAAGAUCCCGCCAAGGUCCAUGUUCGCCGUGCAGCUCGUCGGGACGGUGCUGGCGUCGUCGGUCUACUUCGGCACGUCGUGGUGGCUGCUGGAGACGGUGUCAGGUGUCUGUGACCCGGCGAGGCUGCCAGCGGGGUCGCCAUGGACGUGCCCCGGCGACGACGUCUUCUACAACGCGUCCGUCAUCUGGGGCGUCGUCGGCCCGCUGCGCAUGUUCGGCCGCCUGGGACGCUACGCCGGCAUGAACUGGUUCUUCCUGGCGGGGGCGCUGGCGCCGGUGCCGGGGUGGGCGAUGGCGAGGGCGUUCCCGGGGAAGGCGUGGGCGUUCCGGCUGGUGAACACGCCCGUGUUGCUGGGCGCCACGGGGAUGAUGCCGCCGGCGAGGGCCGUGAACUACCUCAUGUGGGGCGCCGUCGGGCUGCUCUUCAACCACGUCGUGUACCGGCGGUACAAGGCAUGGUGGGCGCGGCACAACUAUGUCAUGUCCGCCGCGCUUGAUGCCGGCGUGGCGUUCAUGGGCAUCGCGUCCUACGCCGUGCUGCAGGCCGGGGGUGUCAAUGGGGUGGACUGGUGGGGGCUGCAGGUGGACGACCACUGCCCCUUGGCUCGGUGCCCGACGGCGCCCGGAGUUAGCGUCCCAGGUUGCCCCGCCGUAGAGUAACCUGCUCUGGCUGGCAUCAUCUGAUCAUCCAGGCCAUUAAUUAGUGAUAUAACUCUUACAAAUGUCAAGUUGUGAACAUGUUGCACGUCGGUAGGAUCGAGUAGCAUGUACAGUUCAGUCAGAUUAUGAUUCCUCAGACGCCAAAUCUUUUCUGCGCCCGCGCACUUUAUGGCCGCAUGCGGUGCUCAUUGUGUGACCCUCUGAAACCUUAUCCAGUCACUCGGUCUCCUGCUCACCCCAUGCCCCUGUGGAGACGAGCUCCUCCUCCCCUCGAGCACCCCUCCUUCCUCUUUUCUCCUGCUCCUCACCCCGCCCGCCCGCCCGCCCAUCCCGUCCCCCCACCCCAUCCCCGGCUUAGAUCUCGAGCGCCAACGGCGCGGGGGCUGGUCCGCUCGUCGGCACGCCCCAAGAGCUCGAGCGCCGCCGGCCUGGUCCGCUCGUCAGCGCGGCCACGUGCCGCCGGAUCUGCGGCACGGAUACGCUGGUGCCCCUCCUUCCUCCACUCUCCACCCCUUCCAGCCUUCCCCCUCCCCCCGCGUUGAGAGCUCGAACGCCGCUGCCGGGGCAUGGUUUGCUCGUCGGCACGGCCACGGUGGAAGCCGGAGGGCUCGUCUCCACCAGACGGAGCGCCGGCUCCCCUUCCAGCCGCAGAGAGCAGCAGGCCCCAUGCCUUCACCGUCGAGGGGGCGACCCCUGAAGCGGCGACGGUGGCAUCCUUCUCCGACUGUGUUCUGCUAUGUCUAAGUUGCUUUUUCAAGGAGAAGAUUUUGGAGAUUGUCUGUGUUCUGCUAUGUCUAAGUUGCUUUUUCAAGGAGAAGAUUUUGGAGAUUGGGGUUGGUGCUGGGCACGGGUACAAUGAUUCAUAGAGUUUUUCAUGUUUCUUCUGCGAAUUUGCUGCUCUGUACUGUCUAUCGUCUAUUAUGAGAUGAUCAAUGUUUUGUUAUUCUUCCUACUCAUAAUCGUUAUUGUCUUUUCGAAUGUAAAUUUGAGGUAAAGCGUUACUUUUAAAUUCUGUUGGAUGUAGUUUCAACAUAGGUGAGUUACUUUUA